CAAAGGCGGGCUGGGAGCGUGAGGGGGCUGCGACUGAAGAGUGGGCCAGUGACAGCUAGGGAAAGUGUGAAGCAGGAGGCUACUGUGACCGAGGUACAAUGACAGCCAAGAGGACUGUGACCCAGGGGUGGCCGCUUGUGAGGGGUCUGCGACCCCCGGAGCAGUAAAUGCGAGGGACUCUGACCUCGGAGAGCACGAGGCAGAGGCUGCGACGGGACCAUGACCGAGUAAGUAUGCAGCAGUGACUACCCGGGGACUGACUGAUCGAUGGAUAGUGACUGAGGGGAUUGACCCGAGGGACCAUGAAGCAGCGGCUGCGAGGGCGCGCUCACCGACAAGCAGCGACUUUGAGGGCUGACUUGGAGGAGAAUUUAAAAGAAGAUGGAUGCACAGAGUUCAGCUAAAGUCAAUUCGAGGAAGAGGAGGAAAGAGGCACCUGGCCCUAAUGGAGCAACAGAGGAAGAUGGAAUUCCUUCCAAAGUGCAGCGUUGCGCAGUUGGUUUGCGGCAGCCAGCUCCUUUUUCUGAUGAAAUUGAAGUUGACUUUAGUAAACCCUAUGUCAGGGUGACUAUGGAAGAAGCCUGCAGGGGAACUCCGUGUGAGCGGCCUGUGAGAGUUUAUGCGGAUGGAAUAUUUGACUUAUUUCACUCUGGUCAUGCCCGGGCUCUGAUGCAAGCGAAGAACCUUUUCCCUAAUACGUAUCUAAUUGUGGGAGUCUGCAGUGAUGAGCUAACGCAUAACUUCAAGGGCUUCACUGUGAUGAACGAGAAUGAGCGCUAUGACGCCGUGCAGCACUGCCGCUAUGUGGAUGAGGUGGUGCGGAACGCCCCCUGGACUCUGACGCCUGAGUUCCUGGCAGAGCACCGGAUUGAUUUCGUCGCCCACGACGACAUCCCCUAUUCUUCUGCAGGGAGCGAUGAUGUGUAUAAGCACAUCAAGGACGCAGGCAUGUUUGCUCCCACACAGAGAACAGAAGGUAUCUCCACAUCAGACAUCAUCACCCGCAUUGUCCGUGACUACGAUGUGUAUGCAAGACGGAACCUACAGAGGGGCUACACUGCCAAGGAGCUCAAUGUCAGCUUUAUCAACGAGAAGAAAUACCACUUGCAAGAACGAGUUGAUAAAGUAAAGAAGAAAGUGAAAGAUGUGGAGGAAAAGUCAAAAGAGUUUGUGCAGAAAGUGGAAGAGAAGAGCAUCGACCUCAUCCAGAAGUGGGAGGAGAAGUCCCGAGAGUUCAUUGGAAGUUUCCUGGAAAUGUUUGGUCCAGAAGGAGCACUGAAGCACAUGCUGAAGGAGGGAAAAGGUCGGAUGCUGCAGGCCAUCAGUCCCAAGCAGAGCCCCAGCAGCAGCCCUACUCAUGAGCGCUCCCCCUCCCCCUCCUUUCGGUGGCCCUUCUCUGGCAAGACUUCCCCAUCUUCCUCCCCAGCAAGUCUUUCUAGGUGCAGGGCUGUGACCUGUGACAUCAGCGAGGAUGAAGAGGACUAACUUUUCAUCCCUGUUCCCUCUCUCUCUCCCUGCCCGUCACCUCCAGAAGCUCUCUGUCGAAUUCCAUUUUGUGAUCCCAACACUAAACCUAAGGACAUCUACAAAGAAAAGACAACCGGGGCAAGAGGACCUGGGAAUGGGGAACCAAAACAGCCCAUGCCCUGAGAUAUUCUCAGCCACACCAAGGAGGCUGCCCAUACCUUAGAAGCCUGCUCUGCAUCCAUCUUCCCUCCCCAGAACUUUGCUUUACUGUUUAUGCUCAUGUAAUCUUGACAGGGAAAUUGUCAUUUUUAUCAAUUUUUUUUUUAAAAAGUAGUCUUUCAAAUAUAGUAAAUAGAACUAAUUUUUUGCCCCUGAGGAGUGGGCAGAAGAAGGAAGCGUGGAAUGCCCAGAGGCCUUUCUUCCUGAACACUAGUGCUUGCCUUCUGUUUUGAAGCAAAGUGGCUUGCCAGAUCCUUCAAACAGGGAGCCAUGCUAAUGGCCAAUUUGGGGACUAUCAUAAUUUUAACUUCCCUAAAAAAAAAAUCUCAAAGCUGAAUUAGCUCCAGAUUCCCUGAGUGUCCUGCUGGCCCAUGUGUCAGCGUGGCUGUGGGAGGGAAGAGAUCUGAGCCUAACUUUUCUUACUCCCUGAGGAGUUUCUUGUUGGACCCAAUGGGGUCCAUGAAGACACUGAUGGGGAUGAAACCAAACCACAGAGCAUCUACUGCAGUUUUUCUGCUGUGUUCAUCUUCUCAGAAAAUCCUGUUGCCCAAUUAUUUGGGAGCUCUUGUCAAUCUCUUUCCUGCACCCCACCUGUAAAGGAAGGGACAUUUUGAGGGCUACUGUAAUUGGAGAGAGGAGUGGGGUAAACUCAGUCUAGUUCAAGGGCAGUUGAGGUUGUUUCUGCUGGGCAUGCGUUCCUCAGCCUGCAGCUGCCCUCUCAGCACCGCGCCCAGAUUUGUACAAAGGAUGCUUUGUAAGUGUUUGCUGCUUGCCCUUGACCUAUUCAUUGAUCCCUGUUGCCUAUUGCCAUAUUCAGCACUUAGACUUUCUCAGAGCAUGCAGGCAAAAGCACCAGGAAACACUGGUCUCUGAAACACUCUCCUCAGCCUCUGCUCGUCUUAGAAUAUUCUUGGGUCAAAAGAGUAUCGCAUGGAGACUCUUUGCUCCAAGAGCUGCACUGAGCAGGGACUCCCUCCAGUGUUCCUCCAGAAGCAACAGGCAUGGGUUAAAACGGCUAGCACACAGAGAUCCGUGCCCUCUUGUCUGCCUGUGCCUGGUGGCCCCAAGAGGAAACAGAAUUUCCAAUGGAAGAGUACUGACUCUCAACACUUACUAUUGAGCAGGAGCUGGUGCUUGCAGUCCCCUGGCACCCCGUGUCACUACAUGGCCCAGCACGUUCAUCACCAUCCGUUAUCCUGUAGCUGGAUUUAGGGCAAAGUUGUUUAUGUCCAGGACCUACUAGUUGUCAUUCAUAAAUAGCCCUUGUGGGGGUGGAGCUUUCUUGUUUUCAACAAAGAAAACCACAUUUUCUUUUUCCUUGUACCUCCUCACUGGUCCAUGCUGGGACUAUGAGCAUUUUACAGUCCUCCCUGGACACUCUGGUGGAAGCUGUGCUACUGCCUAAGGGUCUGAGGCUAGCACCACACAGUGCCUGCACAGCAGGACUACCUAGGCUCCUAAACUAUCUCCCAGGCAAAGCUGAGCAGAGAAGAGGGGCAAAGAAGCCCCACUGGUGUUCCAGUGGCCCAUGGAAACACCAUUGCUAACUAACUCCUCAUGAAGGGCUGCUUUCACUCAGAUCUGACCCAUACGGCCUUGGCCUGGGAUCCUUUCUCUGAACCUGUUGAAAUUAGUCUUUCUCACAUUCUGUACUGCUGUGUGGCUCACUUUAACUUUUCUACUUCAGUCUUCUCUUCGGGGAUCCGUUUCUCUCUGCCUUAUUCUCCCAGGUAUACAGAGGUGGUGAUGUCACUGCUGGCACUCACCUACUUGUUCUCUCAAUGUGUGUCACCCAGGUGUGCCCUGUGGAAAUGCAAAGGGAGCCGUUCAUGUGCGAUUUUCCCCCAUGUAGUCAUUCAAGUCUACUGUCUGGGUCCCAAACAUGAGAGCGUCUAUGCUGACAAGAUAUGUAACCCAGCUAGGACUAGCCUAUGCUCAUAUUCGCCCUUUACUAUCUCCUAGCACUCUGACUCUCAGAUAGUUUAGACAUAAGCAAAAAUGCUGUGGGUGUGGCUGCAUGCUAGGUACUUGAGGGUCAGUGUGCUCCUCGGUGCUAGAAAAAGGUGCUGUUGACAUAGUGCCCCGUCGGCUACAUGUAUCUAGUUAAAUGUGGUUAAGCCGUAUAACGCUGUAUCUGUGACUGUAGUCCACACCUUUUGUGCAACCUGGGCUAUAGAGCUGUUUCCCCAAGUCUGUACAAGAAAGCAAGCAGCAUGGAAGGGCCAGGAGAGCCGUAAGUUGUUUGGCUUCAUAGCCUCUGUGCCUUAGGAGGAGGCUUGAAGACAGGAGCCCUGGAGCCGGUAUUGAGGAAGAGCCAGUGUGACAGUUAACCUUGGCAUGGACUGGAGGCUGAAAAUAGAGGUUGCCACUUAGAGACGAUAGAAGUGGAGCACCAGUGCCAUGGCAGCCACUCCUGGGAGCUAAACCUGAGACCCUAACGUGAGGAAGGGGUGGAGUUGAGGUCGAGAAUCCUGACAAAGAGAAAGACUGAGAGAACCUUUCUGGUCACUUUUCUCAGCAGCACCUUAGUUAUUCUUGAGGCUGCUCACCUGACCAGCUGUCUAGGAUGUCCCUCCACAGUGGCUCUCCUAAGUGCUUUGUCACUGCCUCCAGCCCACGUUCGCUUGUGUAACUCACGUUCUGGAGCCUGUUGUCUUUGAAAUCUGUUCUUUAUCAACCUUUUAAUCCUUUCCAAAAUCAAUUCUGUUUCUUGCUUUGGUUUAAUCCCCCUAAGCCAUACCUUCUAGAUUUCUGUCAGCAUAUGCGUUGAAGUUGAACCCACACAGUUCAAAGAAAGCUUCCUUAACAAUGUUUUAAGACUAAUGGUAUUUUUUUUAAGCAUACCAAUAUAAGUAUUUUUAAAGGUAUUUUUCAAAGUCAUAACAAUGAUUGUUUUCUCUCAGAAUAUAUUAUCAUGGGAUGAAGAGUGGUCCCUAGCUUCUAUUUUUCAAAAUAAAUAAGUAGGACAUGUUCUUGGACUUACACUAUUAAAAGUUAACUCUCCUAAAAGAAAAAAGAAAUAAGUUUGCCAGAACUUUUUGUCGGCAUGAGAUUGGGGUAGAGAACAGAAAUGCCAGGAUUAACAUUUAGAUGACCCAGGUUGGGUUUCACUAGGUUUGAAGUGAGCUCCUUCCACCCUAUUGGAGAAAGUGACUUUCUGAACAGUUAGAGUUGGUUGGUUGGGUGUUUUUGCAUCAAGGCUCCUGAACAGAAAACACUGUUGGAAAGAGUCACCCAUGACAUUACCAGUGCAAUGGGGAGUUUGCCUCCGAGUUCAGUGUAUCACGUUACUGUCUAAUACUUUGUGCAGAAUUGUAUUGGCUUUUGUCAUUCAGCCAAAUAAAGGCCAUGUGUUUUUGC